UGAGGGAAGGGGAACGAAAUUUUUGGCAGCACAAUUUUUCGGCUCGAAGUCUCGACAAUGGCACAGUUCAACCGCGAUUGUCGGCAACUGGACGAUUCGACCCAGGAGGCAGCGUGCGAUGCGAUUUCUAGCCUUGAGCCCGACGACCCUAAGUGCAACAGCACCAUGAAGAGGGCAUCGGGUAACGAUUGCGGCAUUCUCGGUUACGCACACUCUGAAUACAGCCUGGCUUCGCCUUCGACCCGUGAGAUCAUCUCACAGCAACGGCUGCCCCUCUUCGAUGACAAUGAUGAUACGGACGAGGGCGAUAUAUCCGACGAGGAGGUAGAACUGUGCUCUGUUGUGCUCUCGAUCGGCAGUUUGCCACGUCGUGCCACAUGCCACAGCAUGUCGCUACUGCCGAGCGAUAGCGAUUUGCACUAUUCGCGGCUAGCCCUGGAACAGUCUUCGACAACGCCCAGCGACAAUAUGGGCCAGCGUUUGUAUCUGGAUGUGCAGCAGUACGAGAUUGGUCCAAGACCAGUGGCUAUGCGCGGUGGUGCAGAAGUGCCACUGCCCGGAUCGGACCAAAUAGAACGAAGCAAUGCCGGCCAGGACGAGCUUGCGGUGUCCGCGCCACCUUUUAGCAGCGAAAGUACGCCAGAGCUGCGGUAUGAGCGGUUGCUGCUCUCCACAGCCGAGCUCGAGCGUCACCAGCGCGUGCAACACCGAGCCUUUAGUUGCCCCAUCAGUGGCUGCCAGAUGGCUCUCAAUGCAGCCACUCUGCUAUCGCACUGUUUGCUCGUCCACCAGGAGGUAAUGGCGCGGGAAAUGAACGCGGGCGAGAGCAUACAGUUGAGACUAGACCCCGAGCAGUUGCUCCAGUCCCAGAACAGCUGCCUUGCUGUGCUCCUGUAUCGCAGCAAUCAGCAACUGGUGGUUAAUGUGGACCUGCCCCCAAGCUAUCACUACUGGCAGGGACACACUGCAAUUGUGCUCAUGCUGUGCAAGACCUCCUGGGAUACGCUGGGCCACCGUUGUGAACAAUUGGGGUCCAUUCAACCCGCAUCCAAAGAUGCAGCCGAUGUGGCCAAUCUAUAUAUCUUUUGGCUACUCUGCCCACAGGCCAUGCGACCCUUUGUCCUGCAAUUGGGCGUCUUUGAUGCGGAGGGUGGUCUCCUAAAACGCGCGCAGGUCCAAACCUGCUCCACUAUGCAGCUGAUGGAGAUCAACGAUGUGCUGGGCACCGGCCCACAUUUUAUGCGCAUGACCCACAACGAUCUUAAACAGCUAACCAAGAACUUUAGCCAGGCCAUGCAGUUGGAGGUUGCAUUGGUGGAGCAGCGCGAAACUAGGCCUGUAAAGCACGAUGACAAUCAGAUGUAACAAUGGAGCUUGAGCCGGGGGAGCAGCAGCUGAAGAAGUGUCAGGAGGACGGAAGGAAAAAUAACAAUCGGGCUUAGCAACGAAAGCUAUCAGGCCACAUUUGCAAAUUCUAAAUUGAUUAAUAAACGAUUUCAAAGGAAAAUGAAAACGGUAGAAGCGUUAAAAAAGGGGAGCAAAUACGAACAAGAGAAACAACAGUUAAAAAAAUAUAGAGAGAAAGAUACAGUGCUUGCUAAAGCCUAGGUUAACAAAGGAAAUAAAUUAAGGACAGGGUAGAGAAGAGAUAAGGGGGAGAAAUAUGUGUAUUUAAGUCCUGAUCAUCCAUAUGUCCGCUAUGUUCCAAAUUCGAGUAUACAAUGUGUGCAUUAUAUGAAGCCAUACCAUAUAUAUUGAAAUGUUUUUCUAUAUUUUAUUAAACGAGUGUACUACUACUACUA